AGGGCCACCGUACCGAGACACAUUGGAGCUGGAAUACAGUCACUUAGGACUCGAUUAUGUUUAGAUGUAUGUUUAUUUUAUCAAAGACAAGGUUAUUUAUUUUCCAGCGUGAGGUCUACAGUUAUAUUUAUUAAUGAUGUCACGUCAGCGUUUCGUCUUAUUAGGUAGCUAGAUAGCCACAUAUUUAUUAUUGUGCUGCCAACCCUUGUUCCUUUCCUGUGUCAAUGAUUCUCCUACCCUCACUCUUAUGGCGGAGACUAAAAUAAUAUAUCACAUUGACGAGGAGGAGACUCCUUAUCUAGUGAAAUUAUCCGUUUCUCCUGAGAAAGUCACUUUAGCGGAUUUUAAAAAUGUCCUCAACAAUCGUCCGGUCAAUAGCUACAAAUUCUUCUUCAAAUCCAUGGACCAGGAUUUUGGUGUUGUCAAAGAGGAGAUUUCUGACGACAACGCCAAGUUGCCCUGCUUCAACGGGAGAGUGGUGUCCUGGCUCGUCCUGGCAGAGAGCUCUCACUCUGAUGGGGGGUCCCAGUGUACAGAGAGCCACCCAGAGCUGCCACCCCCCCUGGAGAGGACAGGGGGCAUCGGUGACUCCCGCCCACCCUCCUUCCAUGCCAAUGCGGUGAGCAGUCGGGACGGCCUGGACACAGAGACCGGCACAGAGUCCCUCCUGAGCCACCGUAGGGAGAGAGAGAGAGAACGUGCCCGGAGGAGAGCACGAGAGACUGAAAUCCCUCGAAUCAACGGCCACUCUAAGUCGGAGCGCACAGCAAGGGACUCCGCCAUGGGCUAUGACAGUGCCUCAGUAAUGAGCAGUGAGCUCGAGUCCAGCUCCUUCGUCGACAGUGAGGAAGAUGAGGACGCUAGCAGGGGUGCUGCCCUGCGGCUGACCCUGUGCUGCUCACAACCUGCAGUACUCAGCAGCUCCACAGAACAGAGCUCGUCCUCUCAGCUGAUGCGCAGACAUAAACGCCGCAGACGGAGGCACAAAGUGGCCAAAAUAGACAGGUCUUCGUCUUUCAGCAGCAUCACCGAUUCCACAAUGAGUCUAAACAUCAUCACUGUCACACUCAACAUGGAGAAGUAUAACUUCCUGGGUAUCAGUAUCGUGGGGCAGAGUAACGACCGGGGGGACGGGGGGAUCUACAUCGGCUCCAUCAUGAAGGGAGGAGCUGUGGCUGCAGACGGCAGGAUAGAACCUGGGGACAUGCUCCUACAGGUGAACGAUGUGAACUUUGAGAACAUGAGCAACGAUGACGCUGUGAGGAUCCUGAGAGAGAUUGUCUCCAAAACAGGUCCUAUUAGUCUUACUGUGGCCAAGUGUUGGGACCCGUCUCCACGAAGCUACUUCACCAUCCCCCGGGGUAAGACACUCACCGAUGUUCCACCAACAACAGCUGAACCAGUAAGGCCCAUCGACCCUGCUGCCUGGAUCUCCCACACAACUGCCCUGACCGGACCAUACCCACACUACGAAUUUGACGACUUGCCACUAUCUGCGAGUAAGACGGACAUAUCAACCAUCGUCAAGGUGAUGCAGCUGCCUGACUCUGGUCUGGAGAUCCGGGACAGGAUGUGGUUGAAGAUCACCAUUGGCAACGCUGUCAUCGGUGCUGACGUGGUGGACUGGCUCUACUCGAGGGUGGAGGGCUUCAAGGACAGGAGGGAUGCCAGGAAGUAUGCCAGCAGUCUGCUGAAACAUGGCUACCUGAGACACACCGUCAACAAGAUCACCUUCUCAGAGCAGUGCUACUACACCUUCGGAGACCUCUGCCAAAACAUGGCGUCUCUCAACCUGAACGAGGGUUCCAGUGGUGGGGGCUCUGAGCAGGACACCCUGGCCCCCCCCCCCCCUGCCACCAACCCGUGGCCCCUGGGGGGUCAGCCAUUCCCCUACCCCCCCUUCCCCUCCGCACCUGCAGGCUUCCCACCGGGUUACUCAGACCCCUGCCACAGUUUCCACAGUGGGAGUGCUGGCAGCCACAACAGUGAGGGAAGCAGAAGCAGUGGAUCCAACCCCAGUGUGGGUAUUGGGACAGGGAAGGGCCCUAGCCGACGCUCCUCCCCACAAGAGAAGGGUCACAGAUCCACAUGCAGUGAAUCCGAGCCACCGGGCAUCCUAGGGGCGAGGCGCCCUGGUGAUAGGUCCGUCAGCCAGUUGAGUCAUCACAGCAGCCAUGCCCACUCCAGCAACAGCCACGCCCGCUCGGGUUUCAGCCAUGCCCAGUCUCACAGGAGCCACUGUCAGUCACAGAACAGCCACACCCACAGCCACGCCUCCUUCACCUACAAACACGCCCCUUUCACCCAGCCUGGGCUUGGCUCAUGUGGCCACAGUGAGCGAAGCCACGCCUCCUCCUACGGCCCCCCUGGCCUGCCCCCGCCAUACUGCCUGGCCCGGUUGGCCCCUAAGACCUCCGUCAGCAGCAGCACCCCUCCCGGGGCCCCCCCGGUACGGGAGCUAGGAGCCAUCCCCCCUGAGCUCACGGCCAGCCGCCAGUCCUUUCAGCACGCUAUGGGCAAUCCCUGUGAGUUCUUUGUUGACAUCAUGUGACAGACAGGACAGUGCCUUUUAAAACCUCGCUGAGCACAAACAACUCCCCCGUCCAACUGCCUGAUGCCUGUCCGUCCCGCCUCUCCUUUUCUUCUUUACCUCUCUGCUACUGACUAUCCCUGAGUUAAUUAAGAAUGUAGACGCUGGUCCCCUCCCUCCCUCUGAUGUCGGAGCAGGGGAAGACAGCAGACUAGAGCACAACAGAACAGAUGAGAGUCCUGCUAUCACACAAACACACAGAGCCUCAGUGUCUGAACUGGACCCCUGCCAGCUCCUUUGUAUUGACGUGACUUGUACAGUUUGUAAAAUCGAUGUGAGUGGUGUUCAAUAUGGUGAUCCUUGUGAGCUGCCACACAGACAGUCCAGUCCUGAGAGCAUCUACUUAGUCUAUGUGGAGUACAACUACCUGCUGUUUGUAGAACCUGACAUCCAGGCCAACUGACUGGGUCUGGAUCUCAAUCCCCCAGACCCACCCAGAGCCCUUUACACAAACUUCCACUGUUUAGCCCAUAAUACCAAAACUCCUGCUCUAACCGACUGACCUGCUAUCUUAUCCCGUAUGCAGCUGGUCCCCCUACAUAAUAUGUCAUGGUCUCCCUGAAUACCGGAUAAGAGAGCAUAUCAGUAAUCUAACUAGUCAAAGCUAGCCUCAGCCCAUUUGACAGCCCUUGUAUUUGUCCAACUUCAUAAGGGAGACACUGUAGCCAGUUGUUAGUUUCAAUUGUGGGGGUAGUGCAUCUUGCCAAUGGUCUAAAGGGAGAAUCCAUACACUGGAGAAGUUUAGUGAUAUUUAUGUGAUCAUGAUGUUGCAUUGACGGUCAGUGUCAUACCUCUCUCUAUGACACAUUUACAAUCACACAUGGUUUCCCUCUCUGUGACUCAGUGGCCAGGUUACUGUCCUAGCUGUGCUUUGUCCAAUGUCUCAUUAAUAAUGCAGUCAAUUGACCCGUGACCUCCACAACAGACAUGUGUUUGAGGUCUACUACCUGAAACAGAACUAAGAUCAUCACCAGUUAAAGACAAAGUGGAUGGAUGUCCCCCCUCCAGUCAUCAGUGUUGACUGAAUCAGAGAUAACCAAAGCUUCACACAGUGAGGUGUGUAGUUCUGUACAGUGUAGGUAUUGUUCUGUGAUAUCACCAGAUGAUUUCUGAUGAAAAAUGAUUCUUUUGAAACAAAGGAAUGCAGCUGUGUUUGAGUCUACCGACAACACACAAACGGUGUGGUGCAUAAGACCUUUCUAUCACGGCACUGUCCUAAUUAUUUGAGCACUUUUUCACUGUCUCGCUCUCUCACUGGCCCUUUAGUAUGAAACACUGUUUGCAAUCAAAGCUUCGUCCGUCGUUUUGUUUCUUUACAAAAAGAGGAAUAAAUUGUACAUAGAAAUGUAUUAUAUAUAAGAAUAAAAAAAUAUA